GAAAGAGAGAGGUAACAGUCAGUGCAAUGGGAUAGAUGAGAGUGAGGAGGAGGAGAGUGAAUGAAAGCUGCUGGUUCUGCCUUGCCUCUGUGCCUGCUUCUCGUCUGAUGUAGCUGAGGCUGCUGCCCCGCCACAUUUUUUUCUGGCACAGAGCAAAGUCACAGCCUAUCUGCAAGCCAUCACCAACACGGAGCCACGCAUCACCUGCUCUUACGGCAGCAGAAACCUGGGGCAAGAGAACGGGAGACAGAGGAGACACUGCAGCUACAAAGGGGACUAACGCAUCUGUUUAGGCACCACAAUCUACCUCAAGCAAACCUCUGUCUAUUUUAUCUCUUCCCUCCCGGUAUCAUCACCUUUUCUUCUGUACUCCUCCCUAUGCCCUUGUCCUCGGUGGCUCCUCUCACUUCCCUGGCCAGUAUAUGGAUAGAAGCUCCCUGUUUCAGCUCAUACAAGAGCAGCUGGAUCCAGAGAACACCGGUUUUAUCCCAGUGGAAAACUUCACCAGCUUGGUGGAGCACCAUGAGCUGCAAUUGGACCCAUCCAAACUGGACAUGCUGUUAGCACUGGUCCACAGCAAUGAGGAGGGACAAGUCUGUUACCAGGAGCUCAUUGAGCUGAUGAGCAGCAAACGCUCCAGCAGUUUCCGUCGAGCUAUCGCCAAUGGCCGCCGCACACUGCAGAGAGAGAUCCUGCUGGACGAAACAGGCCUGGGUUUGUAUAAACGUUUUGUCCGCUAUGUGGCCUACGAGAUCUUGCCCUGCGAGACGGACCGGCGUUGGUACUUCCACCAGAACCGCCUGUGCCCCCCGCCUGUUUUCAUCGCCAUCGUCACCAUAGUCCAGAUCAUUGUUUUCAUGUGUUACGGCAUCAUGCUGAACAAGUGGGUACUACAGACCUAUCAGCCCGACUUCAUGAAGAGCCCUCUGGUCUACCAUCCUGGACACCGAGCACAAGUGUGGCGCUUCUUCAGCUACAUGUUUAUGCAUGUGGGUUUGGAGCAGCUUGGCUUCAAUGCUUUAUUACAGCUGAUGAUUGGCGUCCCCCUGGAGAUGGUGCACGGCGUCCUACGAAUAAGUCUAUUGUACAUGGCAGGAGUGCUCGCUGGCUCACUGACCGUGUCCAUCACUGACAUGCGAGCUCCAGUGGUGGGAGGCUCUGGUGGCGUCUACGCUCUGUGUUCAGCGCAUCUGGCCAACGUUGUCAUGAACUGGGCUGGGAUGCGAUGUCCAUACAAGCUGCUACGUAUGAUCCUGGCACUGGUUUGCAUGAGUUCGGAGGUGGGCAGAGCAGUCUGGCUCCGCUUCUCUCCCCCGCUGCCCUCCUCGGGCCCCCAGCCCAGCUUCAUGGCUCACCUCUCCGGAGCCAUCGUGGGUAUUAGCAUGGGCCUCCUCAUCCUACGCAGCUACGAAGAGAGUCUGCAGAAGCAGUGCUCCUGGUGGGUCAUUGUCUUCUCCUUCAUCACCUUCCUCCUCUUCGCCAUCUUCUGGAACAUCUUUGCCUAUGAGCUGCUGGGAGUGCAGAUCCCACCACCGCCCUAGUGAAGGCCUCAAAACCCCCCACGGUUCUUCCCUUCAAAUACAACAACUCUAAAGUUAGUUCCAAACGAUGAAUCAAUCCCGCGGUCGGCCAAGAUUCCCCUCUGCAGAAACUUUGCAAAUCAAAGAAAAGCUUCUCUUUUAUUAAAGAGGAAAAACAGUAGCAACAAUUCCCAUAUAAAGCUGCUCAAAAUCCAUUUUGGGGAGCUUUGUCUUUUGUACUCACUGAAUAAUCUUUAAUUCACCAGCUCACUGAACAGUUAAUGCUUUUGUUUCGGAGGCCUUUUUGAAAACCCAGUCAUCCAUCAUUUUAAUCAAUCUUUCAUACUCUAAAAAAAUGGGAAUAACGUUGCCUAUUGAAGCUGGAUUGAAAAGAUUUUGCAGGGACAGUAAAAGAAGUUUCUUUGGCAUGCUGAAAAGCACACAAAGAUAAAACUUUAUAUUCAUCGAAAAAGGAUAAUGAUUCACUUGUCCACAACACCGCGGUUUCAUAUUUGAGGGAAGACCUCUGAAUGAGCUCUCAUGCUAGCAUACUUGAAUUUUAGAUUUCUUCAGAUGCACCAGCAUACAUUAUUAAGCAUCGACUGUGUGUUUGUGACAGAGAAUAGAUCGGGUUUCUAGUAGGCUAGCUGGUUUCUAGGUGACCAGCGUAGUGUGUGCUGCUCAUAUGCUUCGAGCUAAAACAGCACAUCCAUGGUGUAAAACUGGUCAAGAUGGGCCAAAAACGGUCAAGGAGGCACACUGAGAGGCAUUCAUAUUCGCUUGUAACUGGCAAUGGUUUUAGAAAAGGUGAAAAAAUAAAAUAAAACAAAAUAUGAUCCAUUGAUCACAUUUAAAAUCUCAUCUUCAAACACCUGCCAUCUAGUGGCAGCACUAUUUUACAAGUCAUUUGGUGAAGAUCAAAUAGGAUUUUAUUCACACGCAUUUGGAGAUCUGAUUUUUGUUCAAUGUAUUAAUUAAAUUUCUGUUGCUUGCAAAAUAUGUAAGACAUUGGAGGCCACAUAAGAUGACUUGGCAGGCCAGAGCCUGCCCCUAAACCAGACGUUUGACACGUUUGCUUAAUAAGAUUCUAAUGGUCUGUUUUCAGCUCUAUAUUUUUGACCAUGCCAUAUAAUAUAUGAGCACAAAUCAUCCAUAAACAUUACAUGCGUGGGUCUAGAAGUCAAGUUUUAUAACAUUAGACAAACAGUAGAAACCUGAACAUUUUAAACUGCUUCUCUCUGUCAAGAAUAUAAGCCAGCGCUAACCACAAGCUUCUGUUUCGACACCCACAUUCCUCAAUAGCUACAUGUUGUUGUCACCUUCAGGCAGCAUAAAAAGAAAUUCUUCAUAAAGCUAGAUGUUUGAAAGAUGUCUUAAGACGACUGACAAGCAAACAAAAUUCAUAAUAGGUUUAGAAUUCAGUGUUGUCAGAACGUCUACAAGCUGAAAGGAUUCACAGCAGUGCUGAAAAGGAGGGAGCCGAAAGGAAGCACAUUUUCAAUAUGAAACCGUCGUGGUGUGGAUGCGGAACUCGCUUUCAUCGUUUUUCAUAAAACAUUUCACUUUUUCGAAUGAACUGUAAAUACAUAUUUUCUAAAGGAAAUGUUGCGAUCCUAAUUGGUCUACAGUUUUUCUUCCAACAUUUGGCGGACAGCUUUUUGAAAAUCCACUGAAAGUUCAGUAGCAAAAGGGAGACCACAGUAACCUUCAGGACUUCGAGCAUCACCAUAACUUGAGCAUUUACUUUUCAACAGACUGUACCAACACUGUGGCAACCAAUCCAGUUCAAAACAGUACGCACGCAACAAGGAGUUUCUAUGUGAGAGAUUAAAAAGAGGUGAGGUUUAGUAAACCAACAACCAGUCAUGUAAAAUAUGCCAUUUCUUAGACACACACACUGACAGAUGUGCGGACGUUUCCCAUGAAGAGCGGCCUCGCUUGAUUCUCUGUGUCAACAAACUCAAGGAAAUAACGCUGACUGGUACACAAAAACACUCCUGCUUGUGCGGCUUCAACCUGUUCUCAUGUGGCGAACUGGACAGCGGAGGUCACGGCUGUGUCAUCACCUGACAUCUGACCUCUGGGUCCAAGAGAGCACUGGGUUCUCUGAGUCCUGCCUGGUCUCUACCUCAGUUUCUCACUCUUUGGGACUGUGAUCUUUUGUAAAGGAAUGUACCUAUCUGGAUAAAAGCAGAGUGUUAUUAAGCUGUCCCCGAUUCAUCUGAUUGUGGAUGUGUUUUUGUGUUCAUAGCCGAGAGUCUAUUUAUUUCUUAUCGACCUCCUGAGGGUGGAGACAUGACGGUUUCAAAUGGUGCAAAAUUAAACCCAUGAUUGUUUUGCUUUUCUGACGAAUAGUCCGUGAACCGACUCCCCAGGUUUGAGAACGUGUGUUGACCUCUUCAGUGCUUUACCAAACAAGCCAUAGACUGAACUGAAACGAGGGGAAACCACGGAUAUUCAGUUUUCUGUGUGUGGUUAAAAUGUAAAAACUCAUGUAUUAGUAUGAAUAUUCAAGGGAGGGGUGAGAGAAGACCAACUAGCUUGUUAGCAAACUUGUUUGUGUGGCAUUAUUCAGCGAGAGGCCAAGCUCCAAACUGUCUACAUUUGCAUUGUUGCAAAUAACAAAUCACACGCAUCGGCUGUGUCAUUUAUUAUGUCCUGAAUGAUUCAAGCUGUUGAAAACGCUGAGUCGAGGAAAGCAAUUACAGUUACUCAUGCAACGUGUCAUUAUUUUCUGUCUUUCAAUCAAUAAUUCAUUGAACUGUCCACUAGCUGCCAAGAAAAUGGUACAUACGGCCCCAUCUUCACGCCGCUCGCAAACACAACGUCUGCAUUUGCAUUAGUGUGAGACAUCAGCGGCGAAUCUCUGAUAAAUUUGCAUAGAAAUUCAGAGUCAGCCGUUUUCAGACACGGAGUAGUUGUUGGACACAGUCCCUGAGUUAGUACAGCUUAAACGUAUGGGAAUAGAAAAUGCCUUGUUAGCCUAGAAUGAGAAUUAAAAAAGAAAAUAUGCCUGGGAUGAGGUUAGUGUGCCUCUUCAGCUUAGUGUUCACACAAACCUAGGAGGGUUGCUUAAAAGGGCUAGUACACCGCUAGUGUGUCCUCAACACGGGAGCCUAACAGCCUGGUGAGGUUUAGAUCUCUGUAGUGCCACUUAUGAUUUCAAGACAGAAAAACAUAGUCGACCUCCAAUUCCCUUCAAAAUGCAGCACUGUUUUUCGAUGAAUUAUACAUUAACAGUCACAUUUAGAGUCGCAGUAAUGGUGCGAUCCACUUAUGUUUCCCCUCAAGUUCUGAGCUGUAAACACACUCCAAAAUGUCUCUGUUUUGGGCAAACUCCAGAACUCUGUUGACAUUUCCUUUUCCUUGGCAGUUGUUUCAUACUUUUUUGUUGGUACUUUUUAAGCUCACAAAUAUGAUACACACGAUGCAACUCUACAAAACUUGUAGAUUUUCCGCCGUGUAUUUUUCCGCCAAUAUGGCCGUCGACUGCAUCACCCAGGCGGUCCUUGGCACUUUCAACUGAAACCCCACAUUUACAGACCAAGACCACUUCUCUGAAGACAGAUAAUAGUUGUGUGAACGUUUGUAGCAUAUUCUUACAAGGUUUUGAAUUAACCCAACAGUAGCCAGAUAGCAGAGCAAUUCUUUUUAAUGUCUGCUAAUAUUUGUCACAACGAGAGGUCUGAGAUGCUAAUGCGCUUAGCUUCACCUACCACAGACUGGACGUCAUCUGGAGACAAGCUGGUAACAAAGGAGGACGCUGGCAAGCUGACACCUUGACAGUUGUAAAUAAAGUUUUUGGUUCUUUUUUUGUAUUGCCACGUAGCAAGAGACGACUCCCCUCAUUUGAGGCCACUCCCUCACCACAGUCAGUUGGUCUGAAGUGAGAUUCCCCCCACAACUACACAGGCUUUAUCGUCCUCAUGAACACACCAGAGAGGGAGACAGUCUCCUGACACCCGCCUCACCAUCUCUCGGUUGACGCACACAUCCGCAUCGAUGGCACGGACACCAGUCAUCCUCCCCAGCUGCUGAUACGGUGGCCUGUCCCCCUGCUUCAGCAGAAUAGAACCUUAUUUUCGCCUCAUUGUCACGACUACACCCUCCUUUUAACUUUGACAUAAAGAUAAUGCACGCCACAAGACAAAGUGUAAACAUUUAGUAUCAUGUUUUCAUAAUUUACUUGGCAAUAUUGGAGUGGGAUGAUGGCAAAUUGUGAAGGUUAAAGUCAUAAUUUGGAGAUAUUGCUUUCAUAUACAGUGUUUCUGAGAAAGAAGUUCAACCCUCAGUACACAGAGAGCUCUGACAGCGUGUGUGACAGACGAUGCACGGAGCGUCAGAACCCCAAAUCUGCACCGCAAACAGGAUAUCUUCCUUUAAUAACUGGAUCCGACAGACUGCAUGAUUUUAAUUUAGUCACUGUCAGUGCGAGGCAUAUUUAUGUUCAGAUAUUGGAGUCAGCUGUCACGAGGUGAGAGGCGCAGUCCAUCAAUAAAAUGAUUCAUCACUGGAGGUGACUUGUUAAUGGGGUCCCCUCUUCUUUACUCAAAACUGGUCAACGCAAGAUCUGGUUGUUGCCAACUCUGACAUAGUCAAGCCACUUCUCUCCCUGGUUUCUCAAAUUGUUUUUGAAGUAGCAACAUGUCAUGUGCCAUUUGUAUCUGUCGUGACGUUUUCUCUUUACUUCCCUGUGCCAAUCUCAUGUGCUGUAAAGCCGGAUGCCUUGCUAUCGCAGCCUGGGUUUAUGGGUCAGAGGGUAGGAGGCUGUUUGGGAAGAGAAAAACAAAAGUAGCUGCUCUUUGCUGCGCGCCAACAUGUCGGCCUUUCCGCAAACUCAAUGUAUUCUGAAGACCACAAGAGCCAUUGAAACUCACCAGUGCAGCCAUCGUCACAAGCGGCCUGAUUUACGAGGAUACGUUUUUGAAAAAUCUAAUCAGUUACCUAAUGUAAUAUAACUUCAGUUGAGUUUUGUGAAAUGUUUGGGUUCAAGGAACAUGGCUUACAAGUUGAGUAUAUAAAUAGGUUUAUUGAAAAAGUGAAUAAAGAAUAUCUUUCAUGAAGACAGACGUCCGUAACCGUCAGUUUUCAGCCAACAGAGGUUGACUUCAGAGUGGCCCGUGACGGCUGCAUGACGGUCAUCUAAGCAGUGGUGGAACAUGAGCUGAGCCAGAGCUCAUCACUCCUUGGAACACAGGAGCAGAAACAGUCACUGGUUCUGUGUGACGGCUUGCUACAUAACAUUGUAUGCACCAAAAACCUUUGAAUUUUUUAUCUGAAGCCUUGGAGAUAGUUGUGUCACAUUCUGACGCAGCUUCCUUCAGUAAAUCAGGCCUUUUGUGUUUAGCUCUCCAAAAAAAUGUUCUCAUGGUGAUCAUGCAGAACAGACGCCAAAUAUUUGUUGCAACCCGAGAAGUUCAUCAGUAACAGCAGUUUCAGCAGAGAAAGAGGUGAAGUUCGGGGCGCGGAGAAGGCAACAGAAGGGACACGAAUGCAGCUCUUCUGGGGCAAAGAUGUGUAAAACAUGAAAGAUUCAGGAUUGUUUCGUGCUUACCACAAAAACACUGAGGUGGCUUCUCUCGUGUUGGUGCAAAUAUCUGCUGAGCCAUCGCCACGCUCCGCUGGCUUUAGAUGUCUGAGCUGCCUGGUUCAAACGGUGCCAAACUCCCGAGACUCAACCUCCUAACUCCACGUUUACAAAAAGAUAAAGAGGUGGAAGUUAUUUUUCUCCUGGUCGCGCGGAAACCAAUGGAAUACGAAAUUUUACUUUUGGAUAAUUUCUAUCAAAGUCACUCAUGAAUAAUUUCACAAGGUAUUGUACUUUUUAGAUGUUGAAAACAGAACCAUUUUAUAUUGUAUAUAUACAGUAUAUGACUAUAUUUUAUUUUGUACUGUUCAUUGUAUUUUACUUUGAUUUGGAAACAAUAUAAAUAAAGAAUA